UUCGGAGUGCCGGAGUGCCACGAUUGCCACGAAUUAACGAAGUUCUUCAUUACUCUCGCUGAAAUAUAUAUAUAGUCAUUAAUAAUAGUGCAAUCAACGUUAUGCCGUGAUCGUGAAUGAUUUUGAUAACGUCGCAACGUUGAUGGGAAUAAGUAUUUGUUAACCUCUGAUCUUUCAUAGAGACUGGCAAAACUGAACUAUUAUACUUAGUUUCAACGAAAGAUGAAUAAACAGAUCUUGCAAGUUCUGAAAAGUGCAAGGAGAUACUCGCAAAAAGUGAAUAAUGACUUGGUAGUGCAAUAUUUAGAAGGACCACAUGAAGGCAUUGUCACAUUCGGCUUGAACAGAUCACAACAAAAAAAUGCAGUUAGUGUGAAUCUCCUCAAGGACCUCACAGAAAAUGUUGAUAGAUUGGUCUAUGAAAAUGAAGCACGUGUUUUGGUCAUCCAUAGUUUGGUUCCAGGAACAUUUUGUGCAGGAGCUGAUUUGAAAGAGAGAGCAGGGAUGGCGCCAAAAGAAGUAAAUAAUUUUGUAAAAGGUAUAAGAGGUCUCGUGAAGAAAAUUUUCAAUAUUCCUUUCCCUACGAUAACAGCACUGGAUGGAAUAGCAUUAGGGGGUGGAUUAGAAAUUGCGCUGGCUUCAGACAUCAGAAUUGCCGCAUCUAACGCCAAAAUGGGCCUUGUGGAGACCAAACUGGCCAUUAUGCCUGGUGCUGGCGGUACUCAAUUCCUUCCUCGAAUCAUAAAUCCUUCUUUAGCAAAAGAACUAAUUUUUACUGCUCGAACGAUUGAUGGAGCAUCAGCGGAAAAACUAGGCCUGGUGAAUAAAAUCGCCCAACAGAACGAUGAUGGGAAUGCAGCUUAUUUGAUGUCCUUGAAAAUGGCUGAGGAAAUUUUAGCAAAUGGACCAUUGGGAGUGAGAAUGGCCAAGCAAGCGAUCAACAGAGGGAUUCAGGUGGAUUUGAGUACAGGGUUGGCUAUUGAAGAGGCAUGUUAUGCUCAGUUGAUCCCAACGAAGGAUAGAUCCGAAGGUUUGACAGCAUUUAAAGAAAAGAGAAAGCCUGUGUAUACUGGACAAUGAGUCAAUAAAUAUUU